AUGUUUGGAACAAAGAUUGGCCAGAAUUAUGUCGAUGCUUGUGCUGCAACGCAGGCAGCAGGUCCGACUACUGAUGCAAACGGAUGUGAAUCUUAUACGGCAACUUGUACAUGUACUGCAGGAAAUACAAAUUGCCAAGUACAACUUUUUGAUGCUGUUGCACUUGGCGGUAAUAAUGUUGGAAACGUUCCAUUUACGGGCACUUUCACAAUGACCGUUAUAUGUCCGCCAGGAAGCAAUGGAUUAUUCUUUCAAGGCACAACAACAGCAAAUGGAGUUACCACCACUAUUAGCAAUUUUAUGUCUGCAAAUUGCGUUAAUGCCUAA